AUGGAUCGUUGGAGGGGAAAAGUCGCUGUUAUCACUGGUGCAUCUGCCGGAAUCGGCUUGUCGAUCAGCGAGGCUCUCGUUCGCCAAGGGAUGAUCGUCGUGGGCCUUGCCAGAAGAAGGGACAAAAUGGAGAACGAAAUGAAGAACGUCACGGGCCCAGGCAAGUUUCACCCGUACGCCUGCGACGUUUCGAAAAAGAACGACGUUGCCAAAGCGUUCGAGCACAUAAAAAACACACUCGGAACGGUGCACGUACUCGUCAACAACGCCGGGAUCCUUAAGAUGCAAUCCAUCGAAGAUACUCCUAUUGAAGAGCUCGAGGAUAUCAUAAACAUCAAUCUCAUGGGAACCUUGUACUGCGCUAAAGAAGCUAUCAAAUUGAUGAAAGCUGCCGGCCACGAAGCUUACAUCAUAAACAUCAACAGCGUCGCCGGAAUGAAGACUCUGGAUCCCGAUCUUGUCCCCGGCGUAAAGAUGUACACGAACGUUUACUCUCCGUCAAAAUUCGCUAUGACGGCUUUGUCCGACAUUCUCACCAAAGAACUAAGGGAUGGCAAAAUUCGCGUGACGAACCUCAGUCCAGGAUACGUAAAAACCAACAUAGUAGGCGAUUUUACUAGUAACCUUGCCGAUAUGCCGAUAUUGAUGUCGAAAGACAUAGCUGACAUCAUCGUUUAUCUCAUCGGUUUGCCGAUGCAAGUGCAAAUAACUCAACUUACUGUACAGCCAUUAAACGAACGCUUCUGA